AUGACAUCAGCAGUCAUUGAUCAAGAGGUUUCAUCAACCUUUACACCAAGUAGCCAAGGAAAUCAACUUCCAGCCAGACUAUUUUCAAAACAAUCACAAGCAUUGAUUUAUAAUUACAAAGAGGCUGCUGUUCAGAGAAUGCUUGAUUUUGAUAAUGUUUCACAAAGAGAUACUCCUUCUGUUGCUGGUUUAAUUCAUCCUGGUUCUGAUGGAGGAUUUUAUAAAGCAUUUUUUGGAUUUAAAGAAUUGGUAAUUCCAGUAUUUAAUAGUGUAAAGGAAGCUUGUCAAGCAUGUCCAAAUGCAGAUGUAUUUUUGAAUUUUGCUAGUCAUCGUAGUGCAUUUGGAUCGUCGGUUAAAGCCAUCCAAGAACCAACACUUCGUACCAUUGUCAUUAUCGCCGAAGGUAUGCCAGAGAAUGAAGCACGUUCAUUAAUCUCUAUGGCCAAAAAGAAUGGCAAGGUGAUCAUUGGUCCGGCCACUGUUGGAGGUAUCCAGGCUGGUGCAUUCAAGAUUGGAAACACGGCAGGUACGAUUGACAAUAUUUUGGCGUGCAAGUUGUAUCGUUCGGGUUCGGUUGGGUUUGUGAGCAAGAGUGGUGGUUUGUCCAAUGAAAUGUACAAUGUCCUCUCGAGAACCACCGACGGUAUCUAUGAAGGCAUUGCUAUUGGUGGUGAUGCGUUCCCAGGUUCUACACUGACCGACCAUGUCACACGUUUUGAAAAGCUGCCCGAGGUAAAGAUGAUUGUCAUCUUGGGAGAGCUUGGAGGAUGGGACGAGUAUGGAGUGGUCGAUGCCCUCAAACGCGGUGAAAUCACCAAACCAGUCUGUGCUUGGGUCUCUGGUACAGUAGCCAAGAUCUUCCCCACCGAGGUGCAGUUUGGCCAUGCCGGAGCAAAAUCGGGUGGCGAGUCAGAGUCUGCCGAGAUGAAAAACAAAGCACUCAAAGAAGCAGGUGCCAUCGUCCCCCAAUCGUUUGAAGAUUUCUCCAAUGCCAUCUCACAAACCUACAACAAGUUGGUGGCUGCUGGUCACGUCAAACCCGUCGAAGAACCAACACCACCAGAACUCCCACUCGACUUUAAGACCGCCGUCAAAGCCGGUAAGGUCCGUAAACCAACAUCAAUCAUUUCAACCAUUUGUGAUGAUCGUGGUGAGGAACUCACUUAUGCCGGUGUCCCCAUCUCUACCAUUUGUGACGAACAGUAUUGCGUCGGUGAUGUAAUAGGUCUCCUCUGGUUCAAACGUCGUCUUCCAGAAUACGCCAGUAAAUUUAUUGAAAUGUGUCUAAAGUUGGUUGCUGAUCACGGUCCAUGUGUCUCGGGUGCACACAAUACCAUUGUUGCUGCUCGUGCUGGAAAGGAUCUCGUCUCCUCUCUCGUCUCUGGUCUCCUUACCAUUGGCCCACGAUUUGGUGGUGCCAUUGAUGACAGUGCUCGUUGUUUCAAAGAUGCCCACGAUAGAAAAUUAUCGGCUGAACAAUUUGUUGAAGGAAUGAAACAAAAAGGUAAAAGAAUCCCUGGUAUUGGUCAUUUAAUCAAAUCUGCUGAUGAUAUUGAUAAAAGAGUUUUAUUAUUAAAAGAUUAUGCAAAGAAACAUUUUUCAUCAUCAAGUUAUUUAGAAUAUGCAUUGGAAGUUGAAAAAUAUACACUUCAAAAGGCAAAUAAUCUAAUUUUAAAUGUAGAUGGUUGUAUAGGUGUAUUGUUUUUGGAUUUAUUGCACAGUUGUGGAUUAUUUAAAAAAGAGGAAAUUGAAGAAAUCGUAAAUGUUGGAUAUUUGAAUGGUUUCUUUAUCGUCGGUAGAAGUAUUGGUUUAAUUGGCCAUGCUCUCGACCAAAAGAGAAUGAAACAACCACUUUAUCGUCAUCCAUGGGAAGAUGUUUUAUAUGAUACUACCCCUGCAGAUUAUUAA